CCAGGAACAAACGCCGAACAACACCCAUUGGUGCUUUGCUUCCUCCUCCAUUAUCGCCUCCCUCACUCCACGGAGAUAUAGACCGCUGUUGCGCCACUCCGCAAUCCAGGCAGCAAACCAUGGCGUCAACGCUGCUGCUCCUGCUUGUGGGGGUGCUCGCGGCGGCAGCGGCGAGGGAGGCGUCGGCGGCGUACAUGGGCGCGAACGCGAGCGCGGGGGCCUCGGCGGCGGCGGCGGAGGGGAAGCUUACCGUGCACCUGGUGCCGCACUCGCACGACGACGUCGGGUGGCUCAAGACGGUGGACCAGUACUUCGUCGGCUCCAACAACAGCAUCCAGGGCGCCUGCGUCAUCAACACCCUCGACUCCGUCGUCGACGCCCUCGCCCGGGACCCCGCCCGCAAGUUCGUCGUCGUCGAGCAGGCUUUUUUCCAAAGGUGGUGGGCAGAGAGAAGCCCGAAAAUCCAUGCCCUAGUCCGCAAGCUAGUCGAUUCUGGUCAGCUGGAGUUCAUAAAUGGUGGAUGGUGCAUGCACGAUGAAGCUGCUGUCCAUUACAUUGACAUGAUCGAUCAGACCACACUUGGGCAUAGAAUGAUCAAGAAACAAUUCAACAAGGCUCCAAGAGCAGGCUGGCAAAUUGAUCCUUUUGGUCAUUCGGCGGUUCAAGCCUAUUUACUUGGGGCUGAGCUUGGUUUCGAUUCCGUGCAUUUUGCAAGGAUUGAUUACCAAGAUAGGGCAAAGCGUAAAGAAGAUAAAACUCUAGAGGUCAUAUGGCGUGGCUCAAGAACUUUCGGUUCAUCUUCAGAGAUCUUCACAAAUGCUUUUCCUGUUCACUAUAAUCCACCAGAUGGAUUUGGCUUCGAAGAUUUUGAUGAGGAUGUUAUAUCUGUUCAGGAUGAUAUGACAUUGUUUGACUAUAAUGUCGAAGAACGUGUAAAUGACUUUGUGGCAGCAGCCAUGGCACAGGCGAAUGUGACACGCACAAACCAUAUAAUGUGGACCAUGGGAGAUGAUUUUAAUUACCAAUAUGCUGAAUCUUGGUUCAGAAAUAUGGACAAACUUAUCCGUUAUGUGAACAAGGAUGGUAGGGUGCAUGUGUUGUAUUCCACUCCAUCCAUUUACACAGAUGCCAAACAUGCAUCAAAUGAAUCCUGGCUGGUCAAAUAUGAUGAUUAUUUCCCCUAUGCUGAUUCAACAAAUGCAUAUUGGACUGGGUAUUAUACAAGCCGACCUACGUUCAAGCGUUAUGUACGAAUGCUCAGUGGAUAUUACUUGGCUGCACGUCAAGUGGAAUUUUUUGUGGGUAUGGAUCACAUAGGAUUGUUCACUUCCAAUUUGGAAGAUGCAAUGGGAAUUGCCCAGCAUCAUGAUGCAGUCUCAGGUACAGCGAAGCAACACACAACUGAUGACUAUUCCAAACGCCUUGCUCUUGGAGCAUCUAAGGUUGAGAAAGGUGUCAACACUGCUCUGACUUGUCUGACAAGUUCCAAUGGAACAUGUAUAUCCUCAGUGGGAAAAUUGAAGCAGUGCCCACUUCUUAAUAUAAGUUACUGCCCUUCCACAGAAGAAGUAAUUUCAGCAUCACAUAAUUUAGUUGUAGUUGUUUAUAAUCCUCUUGGAUGGGAACGUAGUGACUUCAUAAGGGUUCCUGUCAAUUAUGAAAACCUAGUUGUGAAAAGCUAUGAUGGAACUAUUAUUGAGUCACAACUAGUUGAGGUUGAUAAUGUUACUGGAUAUUUGAGGAAGUUCUAUGUGGAAGCUUAUCUUGGAAUCACGACAGUCAAGACACCUAAGUAUUGGUUAGUAUUUCAAGCUUCUGCAGCACCAAUGGGAUGGAAUUCUUACUUCAUUUCAAGACCCACUGGAGCAGGAUACAAAACUGGAUAUGUAUCAACCAUAGGUUCUCCACCAAGUAAGAACACAAUUGAAGUUGGACCAGGGCCUCUAAAGAUGUAUUUUUCAUCAACAACUGGAAAACUCGAGAGGAUAUUGGAUUCUGUUUCAGGGGUGGACUUGCAAAUUCAACAAGAUUUUCUUUGGUAUAAUUCAAGCACUGGCGAUGCCAUGGAUUCACAGGCAUCUGGAGCGUAUGUUUUUAGGCCCAAUGGUAAUACACCAUCCGUUGUUUCAAGAUUGGUUCCAAUGAAAGUUAUCCAUGGACCUUUAGUCGAUGAAGUGCAUCAACAAUUCAGCUCAUGGAUUUAUCAGGUUGUACGACUCUACAAGAACAAGGAACAUGCUGAAGUGGAAUACAUGAUUGGGCCAAUCCCUGAUGGCGAUAAUGUGGGAAAGGAGGUCAUUACACAAUUGACAACAAAUAUGGUCACCAACAGUACAUUUUAUACAGAUUCUAAUGGAAGAGAUUUCCUCAAAAGGGUGAGGAACUACAGGGAAGAUUGGGACCUUCAAGUAAAUCAACCAGUUGCAGGAAAUUACUACCCUAUCAAUCUAGGAGUGUAUGUGGCAGAUGAAAAAUAUGAGUUAUCUGUACUUGUGGAUCGUGCUGUUGGAGCAUCAAGUAUUCAGGAUGGUCAACUAGAGAUUAUGCUACACAGGCGUAUCAUUAAAGAUGAUGGAAGAGGUGAGGCACUCAAUGAAAUUGUUUGUGUGGAUCAACAUUGUGAGGGGCUCACGGCCCGGGGAACUUACUAUGUGAAGGUUAACAAGGUAGGGCAUGGAGCUCACUGGCGACGAACGUAUGGCCAGCAAGUCUAUUCUCCUUUUCUUCUCGCUUUUACUCAUGAGGAUGAGAGAAGUUGGACAUCAUACAAUGUUGCGGAAGCAAGCAUGAUGGAUGGAAAUUACAGUCUUCCUGCAAAUGUUGCGAUCAUCACCUUGCAGAAUCUAGAUGAUGGUACAACCUUAUUCCGCUUGGCCCAUCUCUUUCAGGCAGCUGAGGACCCUCAGUACUCAGUGAUGGCAAAAGUUGAACUGAGAAAGGUAUUUGGAAGGAGAAAGAUCAAGGAGUUGACGGAGACUAACCUGUCUGCCAAUCAGAAGAAGUCAGAGAUGAAGAAGCUCAACUGGAGGGUCCAUGGGAACACUGAAGAUGGUCCUGCUCCGGUAAAAGGUGGCCCAGUUCACAGUCGUGCCCUUGUUGUUGAGCUGGGUCCCAUGGAGAUACGCACCUUCUUACUGAAAUUUUGAUGGCAGUAAUUACGGUGUCUGUAUAAGAAAAAAUAAAACUCAGGACAUUGUUACUGAAAUUUGGUAGCUCUUCAUCACCAGUCAAGAAAAAGGACAUUCCACUAAUAAAUUUGUACCCUUCAUUCCAAC